AUGACUUCGACAGAAUCGUGGCCGGCUACCACCAGGGCCAUUGUGAUCCGUGGCAAGGGUGUGGCUGCCAUUGACGAGGCGGCGCCUGCGCCCAAGCUGCGUGACGGGUACCUGCGGGUGCGCACCACUGCUGUGGCCCUCAAUCCGACCGAUUGGAAGCACAUUGAUCAUGUGUUGGGCGACCCGACCGGCGCUCGUGUUGGCUGUGACUAUGCCGGCAUUGUUGUGGAGGUUGGCAGUGGCGUGACCCAGUUCCAGCCGGGCGAUCACAUUGCCGGAACAGCCCACGGAUCCAACGAGAGCCAGCACGAGGAUGGCACGUUUGCCGAGCACAUUGUGGUCAAGGCCGCGCUCGCCUUUACGAUUCCGAAGAACCUCAGCAACGUGGAGGCGGCCACGCUGGGGCUGGGAGCUGGGACGGUGGGACAAGGCCUGUACCAGGCGCUCAAGAUGAAGCUGCCGACGGAGCCGCUGACGAAGCCAGAGCCGGUCCUGAUCUACGGCGGCUCGACGGCGACAGGCGUGCUGGGCAUCCAGUUCGCCAAGCUGUCGGGCUACCGUGUCAUCACGGCGGCCUCGCCGCACAACCGCGCGUACCUGCAGUCGCUCGGCGCCGAUGCCGUCUUCGAUUACCACGACGCCGAUGCCUUUGUGGCCGACGUGGCCGCCACGGUCAAGGCCUGGGGCCUCGGCGGCCUGCGCCUCGUCUGGGACUGCAUCUCGUCCGAGCAGACGGCUCGGCUGUCGGCCCGGGCGCUCUCUGCUGCCGCCGGCGAUGACAGCACCGCCACGUUGCUGUACCGCAACCUGCUGCCCGUCCCGGCCGACGUGCUGACGGCGGUCGACCGGCGCAUCGACAGCGCCGGCACCUUCUUCUACACGGCCCUCGGCGAGCCUUUUGUCAAGGGCAUCGCGUUCCCGGCCGUGCCCGCAGACUUUGCGUUUGCCACGCGCUUCAUCGCCCUGACGGCCGACCUGGCCGCGUCUGGCAAGCUGAAGCCGGUCAAGCCGAUCGUCAACCGUGGCGGCGCCGGCCUCGACGGCGUCCUCGUCGGACUCCAGGAGCUCAAAGCCGACAAGGUCAGCGGCGGCAAGCUCGUGUACACGAUCGGGCCCCAGGAGUGA